GGUUGGGAGCUUCUUCGAUCUCCGUGUCCUUCUGUGCAUCGACCUCCUCCCCCUUUGCGCCAAGCUGGCAUGGCUUAUUGGCAUCCGGGCAUCCGUUUUUCUUCCAGCCUGACCAUCUGUCUGCUCUCCAUGCUGGCCCCAUUAUUCCCCAUUCUAUCUUCAUCCCCUCUGGCUGUGCUAGUUGGGGAUUCUAUUUCUCUCCCCAUCCCAUUCUCUUUACCCUCUGCUCAGAUCCAAGUUGCUAUCAUCUGGAGAAGGAAUGCAACCAUCCUGGCAAUAGGAAACCUGCGUCCCAAUUUUACAGUGAUGGUAGACCCCAGCUUUCAAUCUCAGUUCAGCGUGGACCCCAUGCGGGGUAACCUCAAUAUUUCUGCACUGAGAACCAUGGAUUCCGGCAUCUACUCAGUGGAAAUCUUACCCCUGGGGAGUUUUGCCCAGAAGGGAAACAUCACUAUUAAAGUUUAUGAGGAAGUAGGCAACAUCUCUGUGAUCCCAUCAUCUGCAGAAGUGGUAGAAGGAAACACUUCAGUGGCCUUCAACUGCACCCCUGUCCGUGGUUUUGUCUCCUGGACCAAGGAUGGUCACAGACUGGAUGAUAAUCCCCGAUACUUACAUUUGUCUGGUUACCUGCAAAUUAGAAACCCACUACGGACUGAUGCUGGUGUCUACUCUUGUACCAUCUCCAACCCUUUUGGUAAUGCCACUGGUACCACCAACCUUACUGUGUAUUAUGGUCCAGAGACCCCAACAAUUGCUGUCUCGUCCUCUGAGCGGGAUUCAGAAGCAGGGAGUUUUGUGCUGGUGAACAGCACUGUCAAUCUCACAUGUCUGGCACCCUCCAACCCCCCAGCAAAGAUCUACUGGAAUGUGGCUGAUGAUAAGGAUCGCUACGUCCCUUCUUCACCUGUUCUGCAGCUCCGCAGAGUGCAGCUGAAUCAGGGAGGGCUGUAUUCCUGCCUGGCUAUCAAUCAGCAGACAAGGCUGCAAUUUCGCAACACUCGCCGUAUCAACGUUGCCCAAUAUCCUUCCGGACCUCCUCGUUGUUCCAUGUCUUCAGUGCACAAUGGUUCUGCCUUGCUUUUUGUCUGCUCCUGGACUGGAGGGUCACCUGCUCCUGAUCUAACUUUCCAGGGACUCCCUGGACACAAGGAGGAAGUCAGUGCCUCUAAUCUGCAGAGCUUGCUGGUCCCCCCCAUCCCCGCUGGGAUCAGUGGCACUAAAGUUACUUGUUUAGGUCAUCAUUUAACUGGGCAAGACAAUUGCACCUUGAUUCCAGAAGCCCCCUCAGGGGUCACGCUGUCAUUCCAGGCAUUCAGUGACCCCAAAGGGCUAGUGACUAUGCAGUUGCAUUGCCGAGGCACCUUCAAUCCUGUGGAGAUUAAAUGGUUUGGAGAUAAGCAGUUGCUGAUUCCUGUCAGAGGCCGUAUUCAGCUAAGUCCUGAUAGAAUGCAUCUCACCGUCUGGAAUUUCACUGCUCCCCAGGAUUUGGGAGAUUACAGCAUCAUCUGCUCCAAUGCACUGGGAUCCCAGCGAUCCAACCUCACUAUUAUUGGCCCCUCUAUCUCUGACUGGACUUUGUCGAGUGGACCUCACCCUGGCACUGCCUACCUGGCUUGGACGGUCCCAAAUGGCUCAGCAGUGACCAGUUUUUGGAUUCAGAUGCGAGGUCCUAAACAACAACGUUCUGCUGAGGAAUGGAAUACGGUGGAAGUUCUAGGAGCAACCAACCGAUCCAUAACUAUUACAGGAUUGCAGCCCCAAAUUGCUUAUGCUUUCCUGAUAGUGCCUUAUCUGGGAUCCCAAGCUGGGAACACCACUCAAAUCCACAUCCUUCACCCAGGUUCACAUCUGACUGAUGGGGCUAUUGCUGGCAUUGUGAUCGGCUCCAUCUUUGGGAUGCUCCUGAUCAUUGCAUUCCUGUUCUUGGUGGUCUGGCUGAUCUGCCUUCGGAGAGCAAACAAGAAAAUUCCAUCAACGCCACCAGAGAAUCAACAACACUACCUGUCACGCCAGUUCCCGAAUGGGAGGAAAGUUGAGCCAAGUGACUCUUCAUGGGACAAUCCUCGCUGGUCAUCAGGGGACUCAGACAUCUAUGCCAUCACCUAUGAGGAAUAUCUGCACAGACAUCUCAGCCCAACCACCUUGCCCGUCGGUAUCAGGGAAGGCACUUCCUCCUCCCCAGCUGUACAACCUGGCACCAGGAAUGUGCGUAGUGCUACCCAGGUCUGAGAUGGUGAAGAUCACAUCCAGCCAGCUAUGGUCACCAAAAUGGGACUUGUGAAGAUCACACUCAGCCAGCCAUGGUCAUUGAAAUGGGACCCUGAGAUCCCAAAAUGGAAUUGUGCCUUCUUCUCAUGGCUUCCUUAGAAACAGACAGAUGAAUCUCAUCAGUACAAGAUAUGAACUUCAACUUUCUUGGUUAGAAACCUCACUCAUCUAGGUACAAAGAAAAAAAUGGCCUAGUCAUGUAAGAGGCUAUAUUUUGCAUUACCUGAAUUUGGAAAAUUAUUUCUUGGAUACUGAGAUUUCCAAUGCAGCUUUUAGAACAGAGCACACAACAAUGCAACCUGGUUUGCUGGCAUCAAAUAAGCAUUCUAGAGAGCUGCUGAAUGGAUGGUACGUUUCAAAGAAUCCCUGAGCUCCCUUUGCAGCCAAGGACAAUGUAAACGAGACCAUAGAUCUUAUAGAAGAAGUGCAUGGAUAUAAAAGCACUUAGGGAAGGAUAGUGGUUGGAUUGAGAUGUGCCUUACAUUUCCAAAACGAUUUUAGCACAUGAAGUUGCUUAUACUUUGAGACUGUGGUGCUGCACCUGCCAAAGCUCUCCAUUCUGUUAUCAAAAACACAGCACUGGAGUCUUGCCUAGUUUACAGUCUUGGAAUCCAGCCAAGAUCCCCUGCUUGGAUAUGAGGGAAAACUGUGGCGUUUCCAGAGCAGGAAAAGGUAUAUCUUCCUGGCUGUAAUUAAUGUGAAGAUGGAGUCCAUUCUUCUUCAGUUCUAAGAUUACCCAACGGUCUGACUGGAUGGGUUCACAUGGAUUCUUGCAGCCCCACUUGACACCCGCCUGCACUAAGGUGGGUCCCCAGUCU